CAAUUUCGUAGCAACUCCCUCAAGCCAUUGCUUCCUCUGCAUAUAUAUAUCCAAUCCUUUCGUCUACCUCUUACGCUAUGUUACAAUUCAACAUACUAUGUGAAAACUGACAAAAUCCUUUAUCAAAUUCAAUCUAAUUGUUAUACUCCUCAUGGCUACCAAGUGGUUCUCUAAUAAAACUCUCAAGCUUAGUUUCCAGCGCCGAAGAUCAAGGUCCUCCUCGAACUCAUCGCUGAGCUCUCCAAGAUCUCCCAUGUCAUCGUGCACCACCACCCUGAGCAACACGGUCGCCAAUGGAGGCGACGGUGGACUCAGGGAGGUUUUCCGUCACUUUGACGGAGACGGUGACGGGAAAAUCUCAGCCUAUGAGCUGAGGACAUAUUUCGGAUCCGUUGGAGAGCACAUGACUCAUGAGGAUGCUGAACGGGUGAUACGUGACCUUGACACUGAUGGGGACAACUUGUUGGACUUCAAUGAUUUCACCAAGAUGAUGAGAGGGGUUGUUGGUUGCGGUGAUGUUGAUGAGGAUCUUAGAAAAGCUUUUGAUAUGUUUGUGUGGGAGAAAGAAGGGUCUGGCUCUGGCUCUGGCUCUGGCUCUGGCGGUUGUAUCACGCCAAAAGGGUUGCAGAGGAUGUUGCACCGCCUUGGGGAUAACAAGUCCUAUGAUGAGUGUGUGGCCAUGAUUGGUGCCUUUGACAUUGAUCACAAUGGAGUUCUUGAUUUCAACGAGUUUCACCAAAUGAUGGCCAUGGCCUAAAUCGUUAGAUGUGUAUCUAGUUUAUUAUGUUCAAUCCAAAUGGGACAACGAAUUGCUAAGUUAAUUAAACUGCAGGGUUUCAUGGAUGCUUCAAGAAUUUGAACUUUCGUGUAAAUAUAUAGAGGUCAUCAGUGGAGUACUUCCUGAAUUUUCAAAUAAAGAAACUGAGAAUUGAGCUAGGUUCCUUAA